UGCAUGAUCUGUCACGUUAACGUCACUUGUAUUUACAAAUUGCAAAACAAACUUGUUGCAACUUGUAAGGUUAAAACAUAUUAUGGAACAACGAUGUUUAUUUUGUAAACAAAUUUACUUAACUUUUGUAAAUGUAUAUUUUUAAAAAAUUGGCAAAAUAAUGUAUGUGUAAUUGAAAUAACUAAAAGCCGUACGACGAAGAAUUAAUUGAAUUUAUUGAAGUAGUUUUUUGUGACUUUUAUUUAUAGAUCAUUCGUUGUUCUGAAACAUUAUCUUUGAUUAUUUUUACUAGAUGUAUUAAAAAUUUUGUUUUUAUUAUAAGUGUAUUAUUGACGAAAUGAAUAAAGAAAAUAAUAGAAGCGCUGCAGGACUUAGACGCUCAGCUAUCGCUGAAAGAUUACGCCUCCGAGAAGAAUGGUCGGCAUUGAAAGGGACAAGUGAUGAUACGAACCAUAAACAAAAUACCAAAAAUGUUCUCACAAAAAAAUCUCAAAACUUAGUUAUAUCUUUUCCUAAAAAUGUGGGAACUACAAGUAAAUAUAACACUAGAAAGAAUGAACCAUCUAAUUAUCCCGUGUCUGAGGUGUUAUGCGGAAUAGUAGUAUUAGUGGAUGUAGGGUCGGAAACCCGAGCCUUACCACUGAGAGCUGCUUUAUCCGCCCUUGGAGCUAACGUUGUACCGACCUGGAGCCCGCUCGUUACACAUCUUGUCUGGUCUCAGGGUGGCUGUAGGAGCCUCCGAGCCAAAGCGAGAGCCCUGGCCUGCCGGCUCGUGUCCCCGCUGUGGGUGGAGGCGUGCGCCGCGGCCGGCCGGAGGCUGCCCGAGAGGCUGUUCCCCGCGCCCACCAGACCGUCAGAUCUACCGUCACCGACUACUUUGAGAAUAUUACUGAAAAAGGCAGAACAAGAGAAUGUUUCUUUACAAAAUCUGUUAUCAGAUAGUACUGAGAGUGAAAAAGGUAAAGCAACUCGUUUGCGGAUAUCAAGUGAAACAGAACACGAUACGACAAACACUACGGACUCGUCGCACGACACGUCGUACGACAAGUCGAAAGAUAAAUCGCUCGACGAGUCGAAGGAUAAGUCGCACGACAAAACCGACAAAACUAUAUCUCCAGACCCUGAAACCAGAGUGAACACAGCACUGAGACGAGCAUUACCUGCUUCGAUAACGCCACAGCGACCCACCAAGUCUAAGAGGAAGCUGUUCACACAGAAGGAGGCUGAUAUAAAUACUGAUGAUGACUCCGAUAAAGAAACAUCAAAAGUACAGACAAAAGUAAAACCAAAAUUAACGGAACGUGGGAAAAGGGAGCUGGCGCACGCUGAACGUAUCGCGAGAAAGCUAAUGGGGACACCAAAACACAAACUGACGGACAAAUCUGUGAGACAGUAUGAUGACAAAGUGCCGAGAAUUGUAUUAACAGGUAUGUCAAAACAAGAACGUCAAGAAAUAUGGCAAGCAAUAAAACAAUUAAACGGAAAAAUUCAAAACAACGUCAACAAGAGAACGACACACAUUCUAAUGGGAUCUUGUAAAAACACACAAACAAACAGACAAAACACAAACACAAAACAAAUAGUCAUGUGCAACAAAUGCAAUACUCCUGAAGAUAUUCUGUCUCAAAUGUUCACAAGUACUGUUACAGUGCAAGUUCAAAUUCAUAACAACGGCAACACAUUGUGUACCUGUAACAAUAUUUCUGGUGUUAAUAACAUUGCCAUGUCAAAAAAUAAUAUAAUUAACACUGAGAAUGACCCCUCAAUAAAUAAAUCUUUAGAAAUAGUUAAUGAUAAACCAAGGACGGUGAAUGCAUUGUUGGGUGCAGUUCGGGGCUGUAGAAUUUUGUACGCUCAGUAUGCAAGGGAUUGCUUAAAAGCGAAGCGAUGGUUGCAUCAUAUUGGGUAUGAAGUGCCUCAUUUGAAGAAGAUAUCGCAGAAGGCGCGCUUCGAACGCCUAGCACUCGGAAAGAUGCGUUCCGAAUAUGCAUACGAUAUUUUUUACGGAAUGCGCGUUAAAGUAUCAGAAAACGCCGACCAAAAAGACGCGGUAAAACAAUUACUAACACUCUGUGGCGCCAUCACUCAAGAUACAAACAUGGCGGGGCAAAAUGGCGCGAAAAAACAAAAUGGCGGACACGUCACUGACUUUGACAUUACAAUUGGGCGGGAAAAUGGUGAAGUCUGUUCUAAAUGGGUGUUUGAUAGUGUCGCAGCGGCCAGGAUGAGGACUGCAAGACGAUAUAUAAAUAAAGAUAUUUAAUUAUGGUGUUGUGAUUA